UUUCGUAAUCUCGCAACACUCGAGAUUUUACGCGAACAAAAAUAGCUUCAGCGACUCUCUUUACUAGCUUGGGACAAAGAAGCACUUUCAGGCAGAUAUAGAGACAUAUAUUGCCGAAAAUGAUACAACCACAGCAUGGUCAACAUAGAUUUCCCCAACCAGGUCCCCCAGUAAGGCCCUUUCAACAGCCGGGUUAUCCUGGGGGACCACCCAGACCAGGGGGUUAUGGACCAGGACCACAGAUGGGACAAUCCGGUCCUAGGAUGAUGAGCCAUGGACCAAUGCCACCACACCCAUAUGCAGGAGGAUCCCCCAGUUCCAAAAGUGCUCGAUCUGAAAAAUCCAAGGAGAGCUCGGCUCGCGAUAAAGUUAAAGACGUGGGUGCUAUGCGACCCGGCAUGCCUCCGCCGCCUCAUGGGAUGCCAACCCCCCACGGAAUGGACAGAAAGAGACCGCCAGACCCAAGGGGCACCCCCCAACAAAUGAAACAGGCAGCGAAGAAGAAGAAAAAAGUAGCAGACAAGAUUCUUCCUCAGAGGGUGAGGGAUCUGGUCCCAGAGUCCCAGGCAUAUAUGGAUUUGCUGGCUUUUGAGAGGAAAUUAGAUGCGACUAUCAUGAGGAAACGACUGGACAUACAGGAGGCUCUCAAACGACCCAUGAAGCAAAAGAGGAAAUUAAGAAUCUUUAUCUCCAAUACGUUUUACCCUGCCAAAUCUGAGGGUGAGGAUGGGGAUGAGACUGUUGCAUCAUGGGAACUGAGAGUGGAAGGGAGACUACUGGAAGAUGCAGCCAGUGCCAAGCUGAAUGACACCAGUAAGAUGAAAAGAAAGUUUUCCUCCUUUUUCAAGAGUUUAGUGAUUGAGCUAGACAAAGAACUGUAUGGCCCAGAUAACCACCUGGUAGAGUGGCACCGGACUCCCACAACUCAGGAAACAGAUGGUUUCCAAGUCAAACGUCCAGGAGACCAGAAUGUCAAAUGCACAGUCCUGUUAAUGCUUGAUUAUCAGCCUCCCCAGUUUAAGUUGGACUCCCGGCUGGCCCGUAUCUUGGGAGUUCAUACACAGACGCGACCGGUCAUCAUCAACGCUCUAUGGCAGUACAUCAAAACACACAGUCUUCAGGAUCAUCAUGAACGCGAGUACAUCAACUGUGACAAGUAUUUAGAACAGAUUUUUGAGUGCAAGAGAAUGAAGUUUGCGGAGAUUCCCGGGAAACUUCACAGUUUAUUGAUGCCUCCAGACCCAAUAGUCAUCAACCAUGUUAUCACGGUCGAGGGGCCUGAUGCCAGGAAAACUGCAUGUUAUGACAUUGAUGUAGAAGUGGAUGACACCCUGAAACAACAGAUGAAUUCCUUCCUUCUGUCUACAGCGAGUCAGCACGACAUCGGAUCACUAGAUUCUAAGAUUCACGAAACCGUGGAAACGAUAAACCAGCUGAAAACCAACAGGGAAUUCUUCCUGAGUUUUGCAAAGGAUCCUCAAGAAUUCAUAAACAACUGGCUGAUCUCGCAGUCACGGGACCUCAAGACAAUGACUGACGUUGUGGGGAACCCGGAGGAGGAGAGACGGGCUGACUACUACUACCAGCCCUGGUCCCAGGAGGCCGUCUGUCGCUAUUUCUAUGGCAAGGUGUGUGUCGGGAUUGUACUAGCUCAGAAAUGGAAUCCAAAGAUAUAUACAUACAGAUUAGAGCUUUCAAUCACAAUCCUUGGUCUUCAAUUAGUUUCAGUUUUAUUCUUAAAAGUAUUGAAAUCUUUGAAUAGGUCCCUAAUCGACAGUCAAUAAUGUGUGACUUUUGAUUGGAUGAAUUCAACAUGUAUUUCAAAAUGAACUGGGCAAAAUUUACCAUACAAAUACUUAGUAUACCAUUAAGUGAAACGUAAUAUCUUUGUUUUAAUCUAUUAUUCAAAUAUCAUACUAAGAAUGUAUUGAUUUUUUACAGCAGUGAUUUGCGUACAAGUAAAUUCAAUACAUGUUGCUUGACAUCGAGAAAACAAUCUGUAGUAAACAUUAUUUUACAGCACACAUUGUCUCUCUAUAGAGGGCUUACAACAGUGAUGAAAAUAAAGAUAGUAAAAAUAUAGUUCCAGAUGUUAGUUUUCAGUGAAGUAUCCCCAUAACAAACCAUAUUAUACAGAAUAAUCUGGAUAUCCUAGUUUGUAUUUGACCAAUCAGAGACUAGACUACAAUAAGAAUUAAAUUAUGUAUAUUUUAAAAACAAAACAAAUGUUGCUCUGGUAGCCUUCCUUAGGCUUAAAAGAAAGUCACAGUAAUCCACAUCGGAGAUUUCAUAUAAGAGAUAAGACAAUAACAAGCGUAAUAUAAAAGAUAAGACAAUAACAAGCGUAAUAUAAAAGAUAAGACAAUAACAAGCGUAAUAUAAGAGAUAAGACAAAACCAACCAGGAAGUGCAUUUGUAUGUAUAUAUAUUCAGAGUAGAAUCAAAUCAAAAACUUAUUUAAAAAAAAAUAACCGUUUUGAACUGGAAAAAAAAAUAUGUAUCAUGACUGAACAAUAUUUUGUUUCAUUGUGACAGCCCAGAUAAAGAACUGUAUGUGCUGUCAUUAUGAGUGUAAACAAGAUGCUUAGCAACCUGUAUAUUCAUUGUUCUUGCUAACUACUGAUGUAAAAUACAAAAUCUACAGUCCAACUUAUCAAAAGGUGGGUCUACUAAGACUGAAAUGUAAAUUGAUAUAAUUCCACAACGAAUGCACUGUGACAUAAAAAAAGAGAAGAAUUUAUCCAUCAAACUUCAUUACUUAACGAAAUCUGGUCAUCUCAAUAAGAAUUGAAUUGACAUAACUGAUGCUGGGACUUUUUCCAGGAUUUUCUAUGUAACAAAAAUGCUGUUAUGUAGGUAUAUCUAUGAAUUGACAUCGUCUGGCUGGUUUCUAGGGUGUCACAAAUAUAGCUGCUUCGUGCAAAUUCUCAAAAAAAAACCCAUCUCAAAUUGACUUUAAAGUUUGCUCUAGAAACAAUACAGUGAGGCAUAUAUACCCACAUUCAUGAUUUGAAAUGAUGUUGAAUAUAAGGGCAGAAAAUAGUAUCUGGUAGAAAUUGAUAAUAUACUUCCCAAAAUAUUAGCAAUUCUAUAAAACUCAGGAGCAAACCUCUUGAAUAUUCCAGGUUCAGCAGAGAAGAAUGGAACUGGAACAAGCGCUGGGGAUUCGGAAUUCCUGAAGUGUCUGCCACCGAAUGUACACGUACAUUGA